AUGGGUGAGAUCUGCAAGAGGCUGACACAGGCGUUGCAGGAAAAACCAGUGACUUCUCAGGGAGAUGACGAAGUCCUGACCCAUGAGGUAUUUGGGGCAGUCGGUUCCUCUGUGUGGUUCCCACAAGUGCAGAUCGAUAAAGACAGCGUUUACGAAUUAAAGAAAGGGAUACAAUAUGCGGUUGUUUUCCAUGGUUCCCAUACAGUUCGGGAACCAUAUGCUGGGCGUGGAGAGUUCUUCCCAGGUAAUGGGACUUUCCUGCUGAGGAACCUGAUGAAGGAGGACAGUGGGACCUACGAACAUUGGGUCAAUAUGACACUGAUUGGAAAAAUUAAUCUCCAAGUGAUUGAGAGAGUGACUGAGCCGAUGUUGGCCAGGGUGAAUCUUGGGGAAGACCUCCAUCUGGAGUGUACAGCAUCAGGAGAUGUUCCCUUAUUGGUGACGAUUCUGAGAGACGGGAAGAUCAUCAGUGAGAAUAUCACCAGGAAGGACGGCAAUGUCACCACGUUGCUGGUACAUUGCGGGGACCCAGAUUCCGCUGGCACAUACUCCUGUUCCUCAUCAAACCCAGUCAGCAGCAAGACAUCCAAUGUGAUAGAGCUGCGUCCUACAGAAGGAAUUCAUGUUCACAGUACCAGGAAGUCAGAGGACGGGACGAGAGUUUAGGAGACCGGCAUUUACAGACAAGGUGCGCGGCU